AUGGCUAAAAAAGGGAGUUCAGUUAAAGUUGACAAGAGGUGCCUUGUACAAUUUUCCAUUGGGACUCGGUACAAAGAUGAAGCAUGGUGUGAAGUGGUUCCUAUGGAUGCGUGUCAUCUUCUUUUGGGACGGCCAUGGCAAUUUGAUAGGAAAACUACCCAUGACGGAUUCAAGAACACAUAUAGCUUUACGAAGGAUGGGGUUAAUGUCACACUAGUACCUUCGGACGAGCGGGUACAAGUCAAGGCCAAAACCUCCUUAUUAUUGCAAGCUUCAGCCUUUGAACGUUCCUUUUUGGAAGAACGCUUAGUCUUUGCCGUCAUCGUCCUCGAGGCUAAUCAAUCCGGUUCUAGUGUUCCGCAGGUAAUACAACCACUCCUACACGAGUUCAAAGAUAUCUUCCCUGAUGAUAUUCCCAUAGGGCUCCCGCCCAUGAGGGAUAUCCAACAUUGUAUUGACCUUGUUCCGGGAUCGGUCAUACCUAAUAAACCGGCUUACAGGAUGAAUCCCACCGAAUACGAAGAGCUACAUCGUCAGGUGACAGAGUUACUACACAAGGGGCUGGUUCAAGAAAGUAAGAGUCUGUGUGCCGUUCCCGCCUUACUUGUACCCAAAAGUAAUGGCACUUUUCCGUUAAUAAAAUAA